AUGGAAAAGCAGAUUAUGAGCAAUGAAAAAGAGUUGGAUGGAUUUACUACUGAUAAUGUAAGUAGUUCGGACAGUGAAUCAGAUAAUAGUGAAGAUGGAGAAACUCGCGUGCCAAAAUCUGUCAAAACGAAAACUCCUCAACAGCAAAAGGAUGAGAAGUUUGCGGAACUCUGUAAUAGAAUCACAAAACAAGUUCGUGAAUUUGCUCACUCUGAUUUUUCAAUUGACAACCUUGUACAGCGGCUGACAAAUGAAAUUAGAGUAAUUAAUUCCACAAGAGAUAGAUAUGAUAGAACUAUUUUUCAUUAUGCAGUUGAGGUAAAAAACUAUGUGUUGGCAAAGAUAUUACUGACUGUUGGAACAAAUCCAAAUUGCAAGGAAGGUUGUGGAGCUACUCCUUUGUCUAUAGCAGUGAUGAAUGCAGACAUUAAUAUGUGCAAACUUCUCUUGGAAAAUUUUGCGGAGUAUAGCGGUCCAAUUUUUGGUGUGUUCCCAAGCCCGAUUGAAAUGGCUGCUGCCAUGGAAUUAACAGAUAUUGUUGACUUAUUUAAUGAAUAUAGCAAGGUAAAUGAAAACCCAUUGAUGUCUGUUCUUCAGAGUGACAACUGCUAUUCUACACCAACUCAAUCAACCAAUGACCCUGCUGAAAGUUUUGAUUGUGAAAAGAGUUCACAAACUGCAACUGAUUUUGUGUAUAAAAGAUCCGUUUACCAAGGAUUUCCAACUGGAAUUGUGGGUGACGUUGGAACAUGCAAAAUAAACAGAAGUGUGAAAAACAGAAACAGCACAGCGUACGGUUGGUCCACCAAAAUACCAGGCGACAUGCAUGCCAAAGGUCAUUUGUGUGAAGCUACAUUUAAAGCACAUGGCAAGGGUGCAGUUUUCACAAAAUGGUCAAUGAUGUAAUGAAACGGCCUAAGCUAACUGAGGAAGCUUUCAAGAAGAGAAAGUUCCAGGAGCAAAACCUUCAACAUAUUCAAGAAGCAGUUAGGGAUGGAAGUUGUGCCUAUGGAAUCUCUGCUGUUCAUGAGUUCAGAGCCUCAAAUGAAUUUCCAUCAGAGGAUGAUUUGAAGACAAAUUUACGCAGAUAUGGAAAUCAUAAUAAGAUUUUACUGGAAAGGUUUAAGCUGUGGUUAAAAUGGUGUAGAGCAUGUGACAAGAGUCAUAAAUACCAUCAACAAUUUUGUGUAUUUGGUCCCUUGUUGGAUCUGUUCAUAACUGCAGGAAAAGAAGGCGACGGACUUCUCCGUGAAACUUCAUGGGUGCUUCUACUACCAAUAUUUGCGCAACUAGGCUUUCGGAAUUACUGGACUGAAGCAUUUGUCCACGUAGUUAACUUUACUUCCCUAUGGCCACUGGCAUUUAGAUGCAUGGUAAAGAAAAAUUCUACGGUAAACCUUAGUGGAAAGCGUGGCCACAAUGUAGAUAUGGAUGAAUACGUGGAAUCAUAUGUUGUUAGACCUUUGAAAACAUAUUCAACAGGUACGUGAAUUUCAAAUUGUUUUUUGUUGCAUAAACAGGGAUUUCAGUUGGUUUUUACAUAAUUGAACUAUUGAAACCCCUUGGCCUUGAUAUGACACUUAUGUGACGGUGGUAAUGGACUUAUAACCCAUGUAUAAUCGUCUGGCAUCAGUGUGACUACUAAAGUAUGUGUGAUUAUUGUUUUUUUCAGGAGUGAAAAUGUUAGGAACUUCCUAUUACACAUGUGAAAACUCGUGACAAACCUGCCUUCGACUUGUAGCAAUAGAAAGCUUUAGAUUUGACUACGAGUACGACAACAGUAUUUUGAUGUCUUAAGUUCUCUCCUGCAGUACACACUUGUUUUCGUCUUCGCGUCAACUGUAGUUUUCAAGAUGUGUUGUGUCAAAAACAGGAAGACUACGGGUUUGCAGUAUAGCUGUUUUAACUGCAAAAUCUCGUUGUACGUGCUCGUUCUCAUAGUGGAAUCUAAAGCUCCCUAAUGCUCUUUCAACAAUAUGUCAACCAGGAUAUAUUUUCUGCACUGGUUAUUCCCAGUUUGCUACAAGGUUGUUGAAUUAUUGUUACAAUUAAGGUUGCACCAACAAUUUGUCAUCCUCCUGCAAUUCAACAACUUGUUAACAAGUUGUUAGUUACAACCUUGUAGGAACUGGACAAAAUAACAACAUUCUUACAACUUGUUGACAAUAUUGCUACAAGUCUAGCUGUUAUGAACACAUCUUCCUGACAAGUCGUGAGAUCUUUUAGAACUAAAAUUGGCAAUACUUGUAAUUCAACCUUUUAUGGUUACCUUAUUAAUUGUUAAUAGCGUAUUCAAUGAAUUUUUCCGAAAUUUUGAGAGGUUUGAAUAUGACAAUGUCGUUUUGAGAAUGACAAUGUCGUUUUUAUCUUUUUUAAACAUGUAGGUCACACAUCAGUUCAAAUGUGUAAACGACUUAUGGGCAACCUCAAUUUGCUCGGAUCUGUUCGGAGUAUCUAUUCCCAACCCAACUCAUUUAAUUACCACCAAACAACUAAGCACAAGACACAGAGCGCCUUACCAAAUGUGAUAAAAGGGAUGUGGUUUUGUAUUCGUAACAAAUUAUUACAAGAUCAAUUGGUGUCACAGGGAAAUAUUCCUCUUGAGUUGCCCCUAUGA